GCUGUUAUCGGCGCACAAGACCUCGUCCGCAAGGCCAACGAAAUUGACCUCGACAUCGAGAAAUUGAGAGCUGUCCUCGACGGAGGCCGCGGCCAAGGCCUGACCGUGAAACUCAUAGAGUCCUUGGGCGCCCCGAUGUCAAGUGAAGUCCAAGCAGGUAGACGUGAAGGGAAGAGUGUCAUCCUCGGGCUCUUCGCUUCCCCACUGCAAUCUCACCGCGUUCAUCAGGCUAAAACCAUCUCCGUGUUCCUCAGUAAAAGCUCAGAAUUCGAGGAAGAUCGGCACAGACGGCAUCAUGCACUUGCAAUCAGCGAUAAUCUUGGUCACGGUAGUUGUUGCCGUGGUAACUGCUUCCGCGGAAACCGAUGUCCCAAUUCCAAAUGACGAUGCCACAGGACCUCCGGUAAAACUGGAUAAGAAUCUUCGUCGCGCUCUUCUUAAGGCGCUCGCAGAUCUGGAGGCAGAGUCUGCUGAGCAACGAAAAAAUAACGAAGAGGAAGACUACAGCGACGAAACAGAACCUGAGGAAAGCGUCGCCACUGCGCUGCCGGAAACUGAGAAAAACGAAUCGAAUAAAAAUUAUUCGAGCAUCCAAAAAACCACGUUCGCCUUCGACAGUUUUUUGGGAGAGAAUGAUACACCGAACGAGGAAAAACUUCAAAAUUCAACUUUCGUUGAAGUUGAUAAGUACAAGUUCUCAGGAGCGACGAUACCGACGGGCCUGAAUGAAAUUUCUCUAACGCACCAGAAAUUGAAAGCUCCGCAGGUUCAUGAUCUGGUUUCUGCUGAGAAAGCUUCCGCGAUAUACCUCAAGAAUCCUUUACUGUCUAACGAUGAUCCUGGCAAGGAUAAUCAGGGAACGCGGAGUAUCAAGGAUGCAGCUUUUUCUGUAAACAGCGUACAGAGUGUAUCUUCGAAGCCGGUAACUCAACUGACAGAGAGCUUAUCCCGCAGUGCAUCGAGUAACAUAGCCGCAGCUGGGAACUCUUUGAUCGCUCCGAAGCCAACCGCAUCCAGUCUGACGAUCAAAUCUAAAUUGCGAACGAACACUUUAUCACCAACCCCAUCGACUAAGACCGACGAGGAUCAGUCUAAAGAAAAGGUUGAAGAUACCCAAGAUGUGAAGAUAUUCCAGGCUCCGCUCGUUGCCGCGUUCACGGUCCAACAAGACGAACGAGGUGUGCCAAAGAGCGUCGUUCCAAUUUACAGACCAAGCGGUGACGGCCAAGCUCUGACCCUCCAAGAACAACUGGAAUUCAAGCAGAAGCAAUUGGAACAACAACUCGUCGAACUUCAGAGGCAGCAAUUGCAACAGACACAAUUUUUGGCGAGACAACAACAACUUUACGAAGAACAACUUCGGUUCAAGCAGCAACAGCAGCAACAGUUGUAUUUGAGAGAACAGGCGAGAUUGAAACAGCUCGAAGAACAGAGAAUUUAUCAAUUCCGAAUACAACAACAGCAACAACAACAACGUCUGCAACAAGCUACCUUCGAUCAGAAUUCCCUUCUCACAUUUCAAUCGCCCUUCGACAAACCGCUCGUUCAAUUUGAACCAAGUGUCGUUUUGCAACUUCCCAGCGCAUCUUCUCCCCCAUUGUUCCAAAAUAAUUACCAGAACCAACUUCGACUCCAACAAUUGCAACAGCAGCAGCAGCAGCAGCAACAACAACAGCAACAGCGACAGCAACAACAACAAAGACAACAACAGCAACAACAACAACAACAACAACAGCAACAACAACAACAGCAACAGCAGAGAUUACAACAAAGUUUUGGAUCUUUUCCAACGGAAUUCCAGGGCCCACUUGUCUCCUCUUCGAGAUUCAACAGACAGGAGCUUUUCGGAUCGACCGGCAACUUCGGUUUCAAUGACAACAACAAUUUUAAUACAAGAGACAACUUCCGAGGUAGCCAAUUCAACACAGCUCAGAGAAGCACUCAGAAUUCCGGCUUCAAUGGUUUCAAUCAAUUCAGACAGUCCAGACCUCAAACCCCAGCGAGGCAGAUCCAACAUCUUCUUUAUCAGUCAGGAGUUGCAUCGGAACUGGGAACCGCCCGAGGAGCUGGAGGGGACGAAGAUUUGAAUAUCGUCUCGAAGGUGCUCGCCCUUAACGUGGGCGCGGUGCCAUCGAACGGGCUUCAAUUUGGUGCAUCUCAAAAAGUGACGAGUUUCACGAAACCACCAAGCGCAGCGUGAUCCAAAUACGUUGUUCUGCUCUCAGGAACUAAUACUCAUCGAGUCUGUAAGAUUACAUAUUAUUGAUGCGGUGAAAUUGAGUUCUCUCUACAUUUACUGCACAGUCAAUGUAUCUCUGCAUUAAUUAUUGUUAAAACCGCGGAUUCUCGAAAGUUGUCAUCAAGUACGAUACUCGCGAGAAUCCUGUAACAGGAUAUGCAGAAUUUAAUAUAACGAUCAUUUAAUUUUACCCUCUGACGAAUUCAAACUGAAAAAAAAUCGACAUCAACGAAAAAGAAUGAGAGAAUUGUAAGCUACUUGAAUCCGUUGCCAUUUUUUAUACGUAGAGUGUUCAGACAGCAACUGAAAGAACAGUAAUCGAUAAGUUUGUAGUAUUUCGUAGUCUUGAGAUGAAAUUUACGCCACGACCAUUGAUACUACAUAGUACUACACUACAACAUAUGAUAUCCUACCAUUACAUAACUUAAAAAAGUUUGGUCAGCGGAAGAAAAAAUUGAAAAUUUAUUGCAUCGGAAGUUUCAUCGUGUAAGUUAUGUAUUUCCAAGGUGUAAGACUUCCCUGGCGUCACUUUGACCGUACUUUAAGGAAUAUUGAAGUUUUUCAAGUCAAGUAUUUCUUGAACCUCAGUACCGAAGGUAUUGUGGCUCGAGAUCGACAUUUUCAUUUUAUGAGAACGUAAGAAUUUAUUUGUAUCUUUUUUUUCCUAAUGUCACAAAAAUUUCAAGUCUUAUACAAUCAAAAUAAAAAAAUUGUAGUUGAGUUCAUGCAACGUAUAUCAAUUUUUUUCGAAAUUGUUACUCACAUUACUAAUAUCUUUGCUACGGGUCUAUCAAUUUAUAAACGUAUAGUUGAUCAUGGUUGAACCAUGUUAAACUCAUCGUUGUACCGACUGACCGUGUGGAAAUUCCAUCUCCCGGUUGACUGUUGGUCAUCUAUGAGAUUGAUUGAUAAAAUUAAAGAUUUGAAGGGUAGGGAUAUUGGAAUGUCAGGCAUAUUCGGAGGAAAAACGAUGCCAUCGAUGAUAAAAUACACUUUCGCCUCGCAGGUAAUUACGUUAAGAAAUACAAUGCAAGGUGACUCUCCUGAGACUUCUCGAUGUGUAGAUAAUACACCUCCUCACGUCCUCAAUUUCACGUACUAUUCGUUUGGCAUAGAUUUCAGUUAACGAUUUCUCUCGACGUACGGUUAACAACGUUAGUUAUUUUACCAAUAAUCAUCGUAUAUCGAAUAACCAUUCAAAAUUUUCAAUCAAUUAUAAUCGAUAGAUGCGGUAUAGAAAAUUUAGAUUCAUUUAUAUGAUCCCUGCAGUAGACGUAUAGUAAUUUUAUCAUUUUCUGUGAGCAAGUCUGUUGUUGUACUUUAAAAAAAUCAAUUAUCUUUAUAG